CCACAAGACAUCGCACUUCAUAUAGAAAAACUUGUAGAUGAAAUUAGAGCUUGAUAGACUUCCGUUCUCUCAUAGAGGAAGGAACGUCAACUCUCUAAAUUAUACAAUUACUUCAUCAUAAGCUGUUAAAAGGCUUAAGUGUCAGAGUAGAUGCGCUCAACACUUUGUGCCCGCUGUAGGCCCCUAUUUGGCCAGGCAAGGAGACAUAUUUUCCGCCCAAUUUCCCAGCAACAGAGGCGCAGUGAGUCUACUAGUAGCAGCGACGCUACCAAUGGGCAACAAGAGGUGACGCAGAAGAAAAAGAGAAAUGUCGUCUUCUCAGGGAUCCAACCCACCGGCAUACCGCACCUAGGAAACUAUCUAGGGGCACUGCGGCAGUGGAAACAGCGACAAGACGACGUAGAGGCGUCAGGGUCAGGGGAUAAGCUGCUCUUCUCGGUCGUGGAUCUUCACGCCAUCACCGUGCCACAGGAUGCCCCUGCGCUCCGCUUACAACGUCGCGAGAUGAUGGCCGCGCUGCUAGCCAUCGGACUCGACCCGGAGAAGGGGUCGACUAUUUUCUUUCAGAGCUCCGUACCCCAGCACACCGAGCUUAUGUGGAUUCUCAGCUGCACGGCUUCGAUGGGGUACUUGGGCCGGAUGACACAAUGGAAGAGCAAACUCGCGGCUCACAACCACGCAGCCGACCUCGUCGAGCUAGCCAAGACGAACCUCAAACUAGGCCUGUUCUCGUACCCCGUGCUGCAGGCGGCAGACGUGCUGGUGCACCGAGCGACCCACGUCCCCGUCGGCGAGGACCAGCGGCAGCACCUCGAGUUCGCGCGGGAGUGCGCCACCAACUUCAACCACACCUUCGCGAACAUCCUCGUCCCGCCCGAGACCGUGACCACCCCCUCACCACGCGUAAUGUCCCUAACCCACCCCACAAACAAAAUGUCCAAAUCAACCCCCAACCACCGCUCGCGAAUCCUCAUAACCUCGCCCGAGUCCGAGAUCCGCGCCCGCGUGUCCGGCGCCGUCACCGACAGCGAGCCGGGCCCCAUAACCUACGAGCCGGAGCGGCGCCCCGGCGUCGCGAACCUGUUAUCUCUGCUCUCGCAGCUCGGCCCCUCCAGCACCAGGAACCGAGGACAGCGCACCAUUACCCCGCAGGAGCUGGCGAACGAGUUCGCGGGCCUCUCGCUGAAGGACCUGAAGAGCGCGGUCGCGGACGCGGUCGUGGCCGAGCUGGCCGGUGUCAGGGAGCGGUUCGACGAGUUCCUGUACCGCAAGGGCGGGAAGUGGAUCGAUGAGAUCGAGGCCGAGGGCGCGGAGGCGGCGCGGCAGAGCGCCGAGGCGACGAUGAAGUUGGUCAGGCAUGCCGUGGGUUUGGGGUCGCGGACGAGUUAGAACUGCGUGUGUGUGGUUCGAUUUCAACGUAACUACAUACCCACCCACCUCUCUAAGUAACUUGUAAUAUAGGUAGUUAACACUAUACAGAAAUUAGACGAUGAGAGCACAUUAAACAUGGCAUAUCACGGU